CUUCGCCUCCUUCACCACUCAACAUAUCGCGUCCAGGCUGGGCUGGAAUCCCCCGUCUUUUAUAUUAGAUUUUACCUCCAUCUUUCAUCUCCGUUAUCCUUUUGCUCCUCAUACUUCUCUGUUACCACAGAUGAUUCCGACCAAGAUGUCUGCCGCCGCGCGAGCCGCUAUCCUGCGGUCUCAGGCAUCGAUUCUCAGAUCCUCCCAGCGGUUAUCGACUCGCGCUGGGUUAUAUUCGACCAUCUCAGCUCAGACCUCAGCCCUGUCUCCUAGGUCCUCCCGGGCCAUUAUCCAACCCGCACCUCACACCGUCUCCCAAAUUGUCUCGCCGUUCGCCGCCCUCCCAUUGACACGUUCAUUCCACGUCGCAACCUCCCUUUGGCAACAGCAGCAAUCGCAAAAGCAGAGCGAGGAGAAGCAGAGCGAGGGUGCCAAGUCUGAAUCACAGGGCGAGGAAUCCAAAGAGGAAGGAAAGGAGAAGAAAAAGGAAGAGGCACCUCCGCCACCACCUCACGGAGACAAGUCCCCGUGGCAGGUUUUCCGUGAGACUCUGCAGUCUGAGUUCAAAGCCUCCAAGGAAUGGGAAGAGUCUACCAAGGCGCUGGCAUCCUCAGCCCACCAGUUCACCGAGAACGAGAACGUCAGACGUGCUCGUGCUGCCUAUGACGCUGCCUCGGGAGCUGCUACAAGCAAAACCGGAGCUGCUUUCAAGACCACCGGUAAGGCUCUUGGAAAGGGAGCUGCUUGGACGUGGAACACUUCCGUCGUUAAGGGCGUUCGCAAGGGUGUCAGUGCAACCGGAGAAGGACUCGAGAAGGCCACACGACCCGUUCGUGAGACCGAGGCAUACAAGAGUGUCAAGGAUGCAAUUGAUGAUGGUAGCAGUUCCCGCUACGGUGGUUGGGUUGAAAAGGAGGAGCGCCGCAAGGAGCGACAGCGUCGGGAGGCACAGGAGCUCAAGUCUGGCAAGAUUCGUCACGUUGACCAGAUGAUUGAGGAUCCGAACGCCGGUACCAACGUCACCAUCCACAAGGACGCUGCCUGGAAGGACUCGUGGCGUGACUUCAAGGACUCCAAUCCCAUGAUGCAGAAGCUCUUCAGCAUGAAGGAAACCUAUAACGAGUCCGAGAACCCCCUUAUCAGCACAGCACGCAGCAUUUCCGACAAGAUUGGAGGCUUCUUCGCUGAGAACGAGACCGCUCAGGUCAUCAAGAAGUUCCGGGAGAUCGAUCCCAACUUCCAGAUGGAGCCGUUCCUGCGGGAAAUGCGCGAUUACAUGCUCCCCGAAGUCCUCGAUGCCUACGUUAAGGGAGACGUUGAGACUCUGAAGCUUUGGCUCUCGGAUGCUCAGUACCACGUCUACGCUGCUCUUGCCCAACAAUACACCACCGCUGGCCUCAAGUCCGAUGGUCGCAUCCUCGAUAUUCGUGGCGUUGACAUUUCGCAUGCCCGUAUUCUGGACCCCGGUGACAUCCCAGUGUUCGUCGUCACUUGCCGGACCCAAGAAAUCCAUGUUUACCGCAAGGUCAAGACCGGCGAGCUUGCCGCCGGUAUGGAGGACAAGGUUCAACUAGUCACUUACGCCAUUGGCCUGACCCGUAUUCCCGAUGAGGUCAACAACCCUGAAACUCGGGGUUGGCGAUUGAUCGAGCUGCAGAAGGCCGCGCGCGAUUACAUUUAAUUGUGCAAUAGCCUCUGUUCGAUCUCUUUUGCCUCCUUUCUCCCCCUUCCGCCGACAUAUUCUCUUGUGGAUUUCAUCUCUUCUCGCAUCUUGAUCCCACACCUUCCAAUUGUACAAUAUGACUGUUCGAUAUCAAGCCAGGUGGACCUGGCACUUCUUUACGGUUAUGCUUAUUCCAGUGACUGCAAUUUUGUUCUUCGCUGGUUAAUCAGAUUUUCUUUUUCUUCAUGUAUUAAUCCUUCAUUCGUCCUGUUGUUCACCCGCCCCGGUUGAUUUUCGGCCUGUUCGCCUAGGAUCUUGCUCUCAAGACAUAACUAGGCUUGCUCAGGGCUGAAUGUUUCAUCCUUUCUAUAGACUAGGACGCGCGUUGGAUCUUAUCUGAUGGCAUUUCUCUGGAUCCUGAGGUGUUCUGCUGGCGUCUUUUUGCAUUGUGUUUCCACUCUCCCCUCGCCACCCAGUAUGACUGCAUUGGGUUAUUGGUUUUGGUUUCUGUUGUCAGGUUUGCGCCCUGGGUCAUCACAAGCCGAGCGCCGGCUGCAACGUUAUGAAGCGUCUUGAAAUCAUG